UCUCGGUGACAUGAACAGCUUAGUCACCGACAUCUUCACGCUGGCAGGGCGGUCUGUCGUCCUGUCGGCGGUGGCAGACGGCCUCAAGAUCGACGUUCCCUCGAAACCAGUCAACAAUGCACUCUUGAAAUGGGAAGAUGUUCUGGGUGCUACCAACAAGGACAAACCUGCUGGGGUGCUGUUGCACGCGCUCGUACGGGUCAACCACGGCAAGCGACAAGAGCGAACGAUCGCUCUUCAUGCUACCGCUGGUACUGACACACAAGAAGUCGAGCGUUGGAUCCAAAUCGUCACGUUCUUUGCUGAUCCCACACGAGUCAAGACAGAAACGUUGCCAACGCUGGACCACGUAUUGCAGCACCAACCCAAGAAGCGGAAAUACUUGGUGAUCAUCAACCCUGCCUCUGGACAGAGCAAGGGUGUCAAGCUGUUCCAAAAAGUUGAAGCUUUCUUUGCGCAUUCCAGCAUCAACGUGACCAAAUUGCUCACGGAGCGCUCGGGCCACGCAACAGAACUCGCGACUUCCAUCGAUCAUACAUUGUACGACGCGUUGGUCGUUGUCGGAGGAGACGGCGUCAUUUACGAAGUCAUACAAGGGCUGAUGAAGCGUCCAGAUUGGUCCGAAGUGAUCCAGACCCCUCUGGCGAUUCUCCCGGCUGGCGGCGGCAAUGGGCUAGCAAAGUCCCUCACGGAAGCAUCUGGUGAAAAGUACAGCUUUGAAACAUGCGCGUAUUUGGCCAUCAAGGGCCAACCCCAGGCCUUGGACCUGGCCACAGCUCGUGGCAAAUCGACCGAAUCCUUCAUCUUUCUGUCCCUUAGCUGGGCUUUCAUGGCCGAGACGGACUUGGAAUCGGAGAAGUUCCGGUUUGCAGGGUCACAACGCUUUACAAUAUCCGCGCUAAGCAAGAUCAUGUCGGGGAAAACCUGGUCGGGAUCGUUUUCGUACCUCGAGCCUCCUGCGGAUGAAGUGGUGCCAAAGUACUGGGAUGAUGUGGACGCAAAGGCCGGCGCCGCGCCAAAGUUGACGUUGCUUCCGCCGUCCGUGGAGGAUCCUAAACCUGAGACGUGGAAAACGAUUGAAGGCGACUUUAGCUUGUUUUGGGCCAUGAAUACUGCUUGGGCAGCCACAGACGGACUUGUGGCGCCAUCGGCCGAAUUGGACGACGGGUUCAUGCACGUGGUCAUCAUGCCUGGGAGAGUGUCGAAGGCAGAGUACAUGAGUGUGCUUUUGUCUAUCGACAGCGGCGGUCACGUGGAGAAACCAUCGGUGCAAGUGAUCAAGACGAGGUACGACGAAAUUCUCGUGCUGAGUCACAUCUGCGACGUUGUUGACGACUUUGGAUCCUAGAGCGUUCGAAGUCAAAGCUCCCAUGUCUGAUAUCAUGAUGGUUGACGGGGAGCGCUUUGACGGAGGUUUCUGCCAGGUCGAAGUUCACCGCGGGAUGGCGCGCGUUCUCGCUGUGCCUAAGUGAGGACGCAAGGACACGUUUUUAUAUUUUGAACGCAUUUAAAAAUGAUCGUCAUUUAAUGCCAUCAAAGUUGUGUGUUUUGGUGUACACUUAAUGAAAUCAAGUAUAAAUUUGUCAAGAAC